CUGUGCACACGAUUCCUUGCACAUUUCUGCAUUGACUGCUACACAGAAAUGUGUCUCUUAAGGAUGAGAGUCCUUAUCUUCACAAGUUUGGGAUUAUUAUUUACGCCUGUUGUCAUCGGAUCUCCAUCGUGUCCUUAUGGUUGGUACCAACAUGGAUCAUCGUGCUAUGUCUUCAUAGCUGGUGUUUUGAACAGCUGGACAGAGGCAAUGUCGUUUUGCAAGGCACUUUCUGCUAAAUUGGUGGAAAUAGAGACACAGGAUGAAAAUCAUUUCUUGAGUAACCAUCUUCAACGCAUGGCGCACGGUCAUAACUACUGGAUUGGUUUAACAGACGCAAUUUUUGAAAAUGAGUGGUUAUGGAUGUCCACUCAAAAAGAAGCUCAGUACACCAAUUGGGGGCCCUUCCAGCCAGAUAAUGACCAGCACAUGGAGGACUGUGCAGAUAUAGCGUUUUUCGGUCAACAUGGUCUCUGGAAUGACGAAAAUUGUGAUACAAAGCAACAUUUUAUUUGCGAAAAAGAUUUGACAAGUACAACCACCGUUCCUCCAGUUGGUAUUCUUGUUGGUUAAUAAAUCUUUGAAAUAGCAUCUUUCUUUAUUGU